AAGUGCUGUCUGCACGUGCACCGUGGAGUCUCCACCCUUACAGGGAGCAGUGCCAACUGUAGCUGUACCAGUCCCGGCCCGUCUGUGCCCUGGGCAUGGUUGUCAGUGACGUUGCCAUUCCUGCCCCGCACCAGCCUGUCAAAAGUGUGUUUGUUCGCCGGCAUGCAGGAGGGAGGCAGGCUCUGGCCUUUUGUUGACUUGACAUUGCUGACCCUUGUUCCCCGCAUAAUGCCCCAAGACAAAAGUCAUUGUCUCACCGUUCCACAAAAGGAGGCGCUCUCCCAGGGCCUCUUCGCCUCCCAUCCUUUCUCACACUCAUGUGCUCUGAGGAUGCCAUUGACAGAGUGGGGCAGGGCUGCUAUUGGUACGGGCUACUCUCUACGAUCACCUACCGCUCCAAGCUCCACCCCUUUGCCAGGCAUUCUGGGAUGGACGGCCUGUUCAUUGAACGCAUAAGAGCCCUGCAUCCGCUUACAGAGGGCCGCGCAGGUGGAUAUGCACAGACACGGGAUGAAGCAGGAGAGCUUUAUCCACGGAACCUCGUAAUCUUCGUAUCGGUGCUGCUGUUUUUCUUCCUCCUUUUUCGGCCUGGAAGAUGGAAAGUGACAAAGGAUUAAAACCGGAUGCCCUUGAUUCUCCAGAUCAGAGGCCGUGCGUUCUGCUCGUCCCGCUGGACAAACACGCUCCUCGAACAAGUUGUUAUGACUGCUGUGUGCGCUGUUUGGGUGGGGUGCCCUACACGUCCCUGGUUGCCACCCUGAUGUGCUUCUCGGGCAUCGCGCUGUUCUGCGGCUGCGGGCACCAGGCGCUGGCGGAGACGGAGCGUCUCAUUGAGACGUACUUCGCCCGCAACCUGCAGGAUUACAUCACCCUGGCCUACCUUAUCCAGUAUUUCCAGUACAUCAUCUACGGCCUGGCCUCUUUCUUCUUCCUUUACUGCAUCCUGUUGCUGGCAGAGGGCUUUUACACCACCAGCGCGGUCAAGCAGACCUUCGGGGAGUUUCGCAGCACGGUGUGCGGGCGCUGCCUCAGCACAACGUUCAUCGUGGUGACCUACGUCCUGGCCGUCAUCUGGCUCCUGGUGUUCGCCAUCUCGGCGCUGCCCGUCUACUUCUUCUACAACAUGGCCACCACGUGCCACACCAUCGACGAGCUGUCUGAGACGGCCACCAGCAUCAACCAGCUGUGCAUAGACGCCAGGCAGUAUGGAUUGCUGCCCUGGAACGCGUUGCCGGGGAAAGCUUGUGGAAUGACCCUGUCGACCGUUUGCCAAACGAGGGAGUUCUUCCUGACCUACGACCUCUACAUAGCCGCCUUUGCCGGAGCAGGGAUCACACUCUUGGCACUGCUCACCUACAUGGUCUCCACCACCUAUAACUUUGCCGUGCUGAGGUAUCUGGGGAGAAAGGGCAUAGGCACACGGUGUUAGGGCCUCCACCCCGGUUUCCACUGCCCCGCUGAAGAGCCCCCGAGGGGAACCACCAAAUUCUCACGCCCCUUCCUUCACAUCUGCAAACUUCCACAUAUGGGACUACUGCACUACAAUGCCCCAAGGGUACUCCAGGACUAGCAUAGUUUGAUUGUGUCUCAUAUGGAAGAGAAAGAGAGACGAGCACCUCCGUCCUCACACAACGCUCCCUCCUCCACCACCCCCCACUCCCCUGGGUUCUACUGUCUGCUCACUGUGGAGGGUGAUGCCGGAGAGUGCAUUUAGAAGGCAUGGUAUAAAUAUCGUUGCCUUCUUUUCUUUAGAUGCUGCUUUGAAACCUUGUCUUUUUGUUUUAAAAUUUUAAACACUGCUCUUUGGGUUUGGUUGUGUUGCUGUUAGUCGGCUGUAAGGUGUUGUCUGUCUUGUUCUUGUCCUCUCCCUCUCUCCUCGUUUAAUAUGUGGACUUUCCUAAAAGAUCGCUUCUAGCUGUACGUCUCAUCUGUGGGAAAACUGGCCAUUGCUUUCUUUUUUUUUUGUGCCACAGACUGUGCUAUUGAAAUGAUGUAUGUACCAGAUGAUGAGAUGCACCAGAAACAAUAAGUUGACAAAUGGGAACUAGUGAAACGUCCACAAUUCAUGGUCAUUCUCUCUUUCGCACACACACACACACUUUUAUGCGCACACGCACAAAAGACAAACUCCGUAGCGAACUUUCGUUGCCAUGGCAUCACUCACAUCUGGUUGCCAUGGCACCAGACUUGCCUGUGUUUGCAGUCUGAUCCUUACCCCAGAUCACUUCUCACAGCCUCCAGCGAGCCCUAAAGCGGCUCCCACAAUAGGACAGGGCGUUGCUGGUCUGGGGGGCAAUCGUAGGGGGUGUCCCAUGACCAGCCUGUCACCAGGCCCUGCGUGAGGGUCAGUGGGAAAGAGCCCAUGGACAAAGAGAGGCCCGAAACCUUUCAGGAAGGCUGAAUGGAGCCCUUCUCCAGCAGGCACAAUGUUGGAAUCAAAUGCCUUGUUAUAAUGACACGUUCAGGGAGAGGAAUGGAGAGAGAAAGGGACAGGGGAGGGGAUGGAAUUAACCACCUCGCCUCCUUUCUGUAACUGAGGCAGAUGGACGCACAUGUAGACAGUGCUUUCUGUCCUUCAGGUAGAUAAUUAGCAGUCUAAAGGAAAUGUAAAAAAUAAAAAAAAAUAAAAAAAAAGAUCCAGUCUAUUUUUGUACAUGGCAUCGAAGAACUCCCAUCUCUGAUCGUAUAACUAUAUAAAAUGCCAAUGAAUCAAACCACUUUUAAGGGCUGUUUGUGCCGAAAUCCUGUAGUGCUAUAGUUCGGCAGCUGUGAUGUGUAACCCCCUUAUGUGGGUAGGUGGUAAUUAAGUGCACUUGUUGAGUGUGAUGUGAUAGUACAUUGUUUAAACAUCCCAUUUUUUCACUGUGAUUUUACCAUUAGUAUUGUAAGUACUUCUCAAUGUGUAACGGCGUCUUUUUAAAUAAAUUGUACUAAACUA